UAAAUACCGAGACAAGGAAGUAUGAUUUAAAGUUAAUGUUAUGUUUUAGAAGAAAAGAUGGCGGAGCUAAGGAUAAAUACAAUUUUUAGUUGUAUAUUGUCAGUUGUGUUGUGUACAGCUCAAGAUAUACACCAACUGACAGUAACAGCUGGAGAUAAUGUUACUUUAUCUUGUACAUCUACAACAGACUAUCCUACAUGGUUUGGUCCAGAACUAUAUGAUGGAAAUGUACAACAAUAUAACAACCAUGGUCAGAGUAGUUUCCCAAAUCCAAAAGUUCCUGAACAGAAGAGGUUACGACUCGGUUGGGCCAAUGAUAAACGUAGUUUGAUUAUAAGUGAUUUAAUAUUCAGUGACCGGGGACUCUAUCAGUGUGUUACUGUUGCUAAAAUAAAUAUGUCUGUAAGAGUACCACCACAAUCUCCGAUGAUAUCAAACACAGAGAUAUCAGCAGGCGACACACUUAUAAUCAGAAAAUCUGAGUCACAAGUAACAAGCCUUGUUUGUAUAUCGUCUGGUGGUUAUCCUCAACCACUGGUUCAGUGGUACAGAGGAAACACCGGUACACAACCUAUUACCUCCUCGUCAGCUGUAUCCACAGGAAAUAAUUCUUAUAAUGUUACACAGACAUACACGUUUACACCUCAGAGACAAGAUGACGGAGUAAAAUAUAUAUGCCAGUCUUCAUUCCGGACAGCACCGAGACAUAUAUCAACAUCUAGUGUAGAGCUUUUUCUUUAUUGUGAGUAG